ACGAUAAUCCAGAUUUCUACGAGGAUUACAUGAGCGAUGAGAGUAACGCUUAUCUCAAUGGCGAAGUACGGCGGCUGUUGAACGAGCACGUGGAGAACAGCCAAUUCGUACAGUCCCUCGAGUCUCAGUUCUACCAAAUCACGUACCCGGUGCAGCUGCAGCGACACGGGAAGUCACAGGGCAUCUCCACCCGCGACGCCAGCAAGAUCACGGAGGAGCAGGCGCAGGUGCAAAACGAUAGAAAGAGCAACCACGUGCACAGGACGUCUUACAGAAUAAAGGCCUUCAGUCACGUGUUCACCGUCGACCUUGAGCUCAACCAACAAUUGGUCUCCCCGAACCUGGUGGCGCAUCACCGUACGCGAGACGGGAGCAGCAACGUCGACCAGCAUAUCGAGCACUGCUACUACCACGGCACCGUCAAGGACUACUCCGGUGCCAUCGCGGCCUUCAGAACAUGCAACGGACUGGCCGGCAUCAUUCAGCUGGGCAACGAGACCCUGAUCGUCUCCCCCAUGGCUGGAGGCGAGAAGCUGCCCAAGCACCCUCACUUCGUCAUCGAAUCGAAGAACUCCCACAUCCGGCAGAAGUGCGGCUACCAUUCCGGCUACGAGUGGGGCAUGUGGGAGAGGAACUACAACCGGCAGAACCACGGGCGGAAGAAGAAGCAGGUUCGGCACCGCUACGCCCGCGACGUCCGUUCCACGCCCAAGUACAUCGAGACGGCGCUCUUCCUCGAUAAGAAAUUCAUGGAAGACCGAAAUUAUUCUCGCGUGAGAGCCCUCAACGAUGCCCUUCAGAUUGCAAACAUCGCGGACCUGUAUUUCAAGACAAUCAACACCAGGAUCACCAUAACCUACCUGGAGACGUGGUCUGGCCGGAACCUGGUAGACCUCGGCAGGAACCAGCCGAUCUCGACGUCGCUCAUCAAUUUCUACGGCUACGUGGGCGAAAGCCUCAUGGACUUCCACAAGGAUACCUCGCACUUGAUCACCGGUGAGCCGUUCCAGGGCGGGGAGUCGGGGAUGGGCGUUCCGAACAGCAUCUGCACUUCGAAAGCCGCCGGAAUCUCCGUGGACCUGAACGUGUACGAGCCCCAUCUCGUGGCUUCGACGAUGACUCACAUGAUCGGACACAACCUCUACAUGAAGCACGAUGACGGCAACCCUGCAGGAACUAACUGCUACUGCCAAGACUGGCACGGUUGCAUCAUGUCCAAGGCAGUGGUAGGACAAGACAACGUACAGCCGUCUAAGUUCUCAAAGUGCUCAGUCGAUGACUACCACCAUUCGCUCCAGUCCGUUGAAGAGACGAACUGCCUUCUCCACACUCCAAGCAAGUUUAAAGUCAACCGACCACCCUUGAUUCCUGGGAAUGUUCCCGGCCAGAUUCCUUUCCCGAUUGAACAGACCCGCGGCCAGGGCCACACCAUCUCUGUCUGUGGCAACGGCAGGGUCGACGAAGGGGAGCAGUGCGACUGUGGCCCAAGGGACGAGUGCGAUAGAAAUGACCCUUGCUGUGACCCGGUGACCUGCAGACUCAAGCUGGAGGCUGAGUGUGCAACAGGUCCCUGCUGUGACAAUUGCCGGCUGCGUCCCAAGGGCUACCUAUGUCGCAAGGCCCAGACCGAGUGCGACAUCCCCGAAUUCUGCAACGGCCUCCACGGAACAUGCCCGAUGGACAUCUACAAGAAGACAGGGAACAAGUGUGGGAACGGCAAGGGCUACUGCUUCAAGGGGAUCUGUCCGACGCUCGACAACCAGUGCGAACUCAUCUGGGGUUAUGGUGGACAAGCAUCCGAUGAGACAUGCUACAGACAGUUCAAUGUGGAUGGCGUGAUUUAUGGCAACUGCGGUCGACACAGGAACGGCAGCUAUAUCAAAUGCGAACUAGGGAACAUCAUGUGCGGGACCUUGCAGUGUCAGCUCGGAAUGCAGCAUCCUGUGACCCCAAAUAUGGACCAGAGUUACUCGCGUACAAUUGUUGCCAUGGGAGGACAGGAGUACGAGUGCAAAACGGUGCGUUACGAAGUCCUUGACGACCGGCGGCGUGACGCGGACUGGACCCUUGUGCAGGACGGGACGGCGUGCGGAGAGAAGCUGAUUUGCAUGAACCAGACCUGCGAGUCCAUUUACCCGUACAUCGAGCCGGGCCAGUGCAAGACCAACAACAAUGCCCUCGAGUGCUCUGGGCAUGGAGUGUGCUCCAAUAUGAAUUCCUGUUACUGCAACCGGGGCUGGACAGGGGCAGACUGCUCCAUUUUCGACAACAGCUCUAUCUACACCACCCCCUACCCACCCGAACCCGGCAGUCCUUACCCACACCCCAUGGGCAAGACCACAGCGGCAGCCCCGACAAGCGCCUGGAACAUUGUGCAAGGAAGAAACAUUCAAUAUGCGAUCAAAAACGAUCAGUCCCAGGGCCUUGGGAGAGUGGCUAUGGUCCUCUUGCUAGUAGGCGGAGUUGGAGGCGUGUUCUUAUUUUUUACUCUAAUAGCAGUUUGCUACAGGCGCAAGAGUACUAUGCCCAAAUAUGAUGCCCCGUACCUGAAGAGACCCAUUGUCAAGAAGCCUCCACAGCAGCACCUGCAGCCUAUGAUGAGCAAGACAGAAGAGACAUCCCUGGAUAUGGGUAGUCGCAUUACUUUUGCCAACAUGCCUACCUAUAGCCCUGGACGGCCACCAUUGAGUCCGACACUAUCUCGCAGCAGGUCACUUGACUCCUGCCGAGAACACAAGCUUCAGACGAUGCGACGUUCUGGGCCUCCUGCCGGGGGGUCACAGUCAGAAGAGGAGGCACUACAAUCAGGGGAGGACGAGGCGGUGUCGUUCAUUGAGCUGCCACCUAACAACCUGAGCAAGAUACCCGAGAAGGGAAUCCUGAAGAAGUCAUAUGGCCUCCUCACGCCAGCAGAGAAGGAGAAAUGGGGUGAGGAGUCCCAGAGCGACAACAACGAUGUUUUAAGUCAGAGUGAUAACAAUGCUGACCCUGAUAGCCAAGUCUCUGAGGUGGAACGCACACUGAAGAGUCUGAAUGGCUACCAUGAGGACAUCAUUGAUGCUCUCAAACGAGCUGCAUCCCAUCGGUCUGGAGCCACUUCCAUGUCUUCUGAUGAGCUGCACACAGCCCAUCACGACACCUACCCUCGCUUCUCACAUGGAGCUGCAGCUGUUGGUGGCCCAGCAGAAUUCACUAGACUGAAAGCUUCACAUGAAAAGCUUGCCGACUCAGGAGGAGAGGACGACCAGGUUCCACCUUGUGGUCCUAUCCGCAUUCGUAACUUGGAGGACUUGAUACGACAGCUAGAGCACCAUCCGUCACGUCACAUGUCGCCGUCAGGGUCAGAGGAGAUCAGAAUGAGCGAGACGGAGGCCGAUCGUCACUACCGCCUUGACUCAUCAUCCUGCACAGAGUCUCAAGGGUAUGUGAGGCCGUGGCGCAGAGGGCCAGAGUUGGGGCACGGGGACUUCGGUGGUCCUCUGGCGGGGCCCUCAGGUUCCCCUGGGACCCCCGGAGACAAAUUGGCAGAGCUGCUGCAGUUGGCUUCCCCUGAAGACCACGAGAGGAUCCUUCGCGCUGCGGCCAUGCUGUCCCCAGAGAGUCCCACAAGGUCCCUGAGCACCCCAAGCGUGUUGCCGUAGUCCAUAGUGGUGCUAGUAUAGAGCUUCCCAGUCCCAUGUUCCAUCACCUUUCUUAGCCCAGCUGCCCACUGAGUAGUUGAUAUGAAGUAUAGCCUGACAUAAGCCAGAAGUAUUUUGUUCAAGACAGGAUUGG